AUGGGAGAGGCUUCCCCCGCGGAGUGCGCUCCUGCACAAAGCGUUUCUUCCGCCGAUCCCAGCGCGCCGUCCGACGGCGCUGGGCCCCCCGCGGUGAUGGCGGAAGCGGCGGAAGAUCUGGCGGACCUCCUCAUUCAGGUGCGCGGAAGAGUCUUCAAUACUUUUCCCGAUGAUUUAGCAGAUUCCACGCGCAAUCUCGUCUCCCGCCCCUCUCGCAACGUUUCUCCCCUCCGCUCCCCCCUCGUCUCCCCCGCCGCCCUCCCCUCACCACCCCACUGCUUGCCACCAUCCCGCCAAUUUCUCUCUCAGCCCCCUCCUCCUACUUCCCCACCCCCCUUUCCCCCUAUCUCCACCGUGUCUUCCCCUUGCCUCCCCCCAUCUCACGUGCAGGGGGCGCGGUACGGGGACAUGGAUGACGUGGCAGCAGCGCUGGACGGGGGAGCUGAUGCUGGCGUGGCGGAUGAUGAGGGGCGCACAGCGCUACACAUGGCAGCAGCCAAUGGCCACACGGAGAUCGCCCGUCUGCUCAUCCAACGAGGCGCUCCUGUGAAUGCAGUGAACCGGCAAGGCAACACACCACUCCACUGGGCGGCUGUCAAUGGCAGGGACUCGGUGAGUGUUGAGGAGUCGGCAGGGGGGAUGGCAGGGACUCAGGGGGAACGGGAGGGCCUGUGUGAGUGCAUGUGGGAGCAGGGGCAGAUGGUGCAUUUGCUCAUUGCUGCAGGAGCCAGCCCCUCCGCCCUCAACAGCCACGAGCGCACCCCAAUGGACGAGGCGAUUCACAGCAACAACCAGCUCACCUUAGAUGCCACUGGUGCCGCCCCUUCCUCCUGCCCGUUUCCACUUUGUGUUCUCCCUGUCCCCCACGACCCUCAUCCCCAAUCCGCAAUCCCCAGCCACGAGCGCACGCCAGUGGACGAGGCGAUUCACAGCAACAACCAGCUCACCUUAGACGCCAUCAACACUGCCGUUGCCACCCGCGAUGCUGCGAGCUUGUCUGUCGCGGGCAGUCACGGCGACGACACAGGGGGCGAUAGCGAUGGGGAAGGUGAAGCCACGGAUAUCAUGGAGUGA